AUGAGUUUGAACGUAACUUCCCGAAAAUAUUGCUCGCCCGAACAAGAAGCGCAAAACUAUGAAGCGAUCGAGCGAAUGUUCGCCACGCUUUACUUUUUCCUGCCGUUCAGCGCAUUCGCCGCAUUUUUAGGUCAGUUUUACACCGCUUACUGAAUAAAAGCAUUUAAUUUUUGCCAGCCAACACGACCUACCUAAUAGUGGUAACAGUCGGCAUACGAAAAGGGAAAUUACCGUUGAAGCGGUAUGCGCUUGCGAUAAACCGAACGUUCGCCGACAUUUUCACAAUCAUUAUUGGCGCCUAUUUUUUUACGAAACAAAAGUUGGAGCGGUGCGAUUCGCACAUUUGCUUGCCGGCCGAAACGGAUUUAUCCAAAUACGUUCUUCAAGUCGUCUUCAUUUUAAACUAUUGGUGUGUGAGUUUGUCGUACACUGGAAUUGCCGUCCUUACGAAUUACGCUGUGAGGGCUCCGCUUCAGUACAAGGUUUUCUUUUAGACGAUAUUCAUUUAUUGCCCUGAAAAAAAUCAUUACAGAUCAACUUGACCUCUUGGAAAGUUGCGAAAUACAUUGUGCUCGGCUGGCUCGUGCUAUUUGUCUCCUUUUUGCUGUGCAUUUUUCUGGUGCAUCGAGGAGAACUGAAUUACAAUAGCAACUCGGUCAUUCAUUUGUUUUUGGAUGAUUUCGAUUCGGAUGAGGUUUGUGAAUCGUUUUAUAGAAAACUAGGCAGUGCUAAAAACGAGAUUUGUUUGCCGUCUCACGCUCUAAGGAUUGUUGUUCAGAAAUGAGCUCCUAACUCGAAAAUGAAAUUUUUUGAUACAAAAUAGUCAAUUACAAAGUUGUUCUGCACAAGAUUUCCAACAACUUUUUGGUUGACCACUUCUUGAAAUCAUUAUUGGUUUUUGAGAUGCAGGUCUUCAAAGAUGGGCGGAUUUCGCGGAUUUUCAGUUGAUAUAUUUUAAGACUCUAUUCAAGACGUUUCUAAUUUGAAUCUUCAGUUCAUCGGUGAAUGGCUGGUCGACCUGUGCAUCCACAUAAACUCGCAUCCGGGCACCCGCAGCCUCAUCGUGACCAUCGUGCCGCCCCUCCUCUUCUACAUCAUUUCCGUCGUCAGCUACGUCUUCAUCAUCCAGCUGCUUCUCUCGAGACGCAAGUCCUCCGCGUACCACCGUCAUUGGGGAUCCAUGUUCCGUCUCGGAAUCCAUUUGCUGCUCUUCGCCGGCACUUGUGCGCUCACCGGCACCGCCUAUCUCGGCUCUUUCUCGAUUGGCCAUUUCUGCGAGCAACACAGUUUGGUUUGUGCUUCAAAGUGAUCGAUGUAUUUUUACUUUUUUUGCAGAAUGAACCCACAUGCCUCGAAGAUGUCAUUUCCUACACGUGGAAUCUAGCAGCUGCUCUAAUUGGCUGGAUUCUCCGAAUGAUUAUUGGCGCCGCGAUUGAUACGGUAAGAAAAACAUAAAAAGUGGGCCUCGUGAAAAUUGCAUUUUCUAGCUGAACGAUGAUGUUCUGCGACGGACGUUCUGCAAAAGUGUUCGACGCCGAUUCCCAUGUAAUUUGACGAACGAUGUAGGCUUAACAUUUUGUAGUGAACAUUUCAAAAUAAUUGUAAAUCUUUCAGAUGUCUUGCCAACAAAUCCUAUCAAUUCCGCCGCGAAAAUUCGAAAGCACGCACAAGUAG